AUGACAAUAAAAAAGGAUUGUACACAGGUGUACGAGAUAGAGAAAAAGAAGUUGAAGAACUUGCUGAGGCAUGUACAGAAAGUCAGCUUGACCACCGAUAUGUGGAAAUCAAAGAAUAAAAAAUUUGAAUACAUGGUGGUGACGGGGCAUUGGAUUGAUGGAAAUUGGAAGCUUCAGAAGAGGGUGUUAAAUUUUGUUCAUAUUCGACCACCACGUCGAGGAGUUGAGAUUUCAGAUGCAGUUUUCAAGUGUGCAAAGGAAUGGGGAAUUGAGGGAAAAAUUCACACUAUUUCCGUAGACAAUGCCUCAAACAAUGAUGUGGCCGUGAGAUUAUUGAAAGAUGAUUUUGGCAGAUGCAAGAAGCUAUUAGGUGGGGGAAAGCUAUUUCAUGUUCGUUGUUGUGCCCAUGUCUUGAACCUUAUGGUUCAAGAUGGCUUGAAGGAGAUAGUGGAUAUUUGUGAAAAUAUCCGAGAUAGUGUGGAUUUUGUGAACAAGUCUGACGGUAGGGCAUUACUAUUUACAGAAAUUGCUCAACACCUGCAAAUUCCUGGAAAAAAAUUGCUCAAUGAUUGUAGGACGAGAUGGAAUUCAACAUAUGAAAUGUUGAGUUGUGCUAUAAAAUAUAAGGAGGUUUUUCCUCGUUUUCAAGUUCGAGAGCCCUUUUAUGAGUCUUGUCCAUCUUCAGAGGAUUGGGAGAAGGUUGAGAAAGUUUGCAGGAUUUUAGAGAAAUUCUACACAGCCACACACAUAAUUUCGGGGAGUGAGUAUCCAACUGGCAACCUAUUCCUCCCUGAGGUUCUAAAGGUGAAGAAACUCUUGGAUGCACGAGUGGAUGAUGAAGAUGACUUUGUUCGGAGUAUGAUCACAAGAAUGACGCUCAAGUUUGACAAAUACUGGAAAGAGUGCAAUUUAUUGAUGUCCAUUGCAACUAUCUUGGAUCCAAGACAAAAUGCGAGCAAUAGAAUUCGCCUUCCCUAA